AUGAGCGAGAGCCCUUCUGAUAAAGAGCCUCAGGAAAAUGAAAAUAAUUCCGAUAAUGAGAUAGAGGAAGAAAACGAACAUAUUGCUCCAAAAGAAGAGAAGAAGGAACAAGGAAAAGAUGAAAAUGCGAUAAAACCUAAAAAGAGAAGACAUUCUUUCUCCUUCAUUCCAGCUGCUAAAAAAUCAGAUCAGUUAGUAAGAUGCAAUUCAGAAAUAUUUAAUGUUAAAGAGCUUGAAGGAACUGAGAAACCAAAAAUAAAAGGCAAAAAAUGCACGAAAUCAGCAGAAACUUUACUAUACGAAAGUUUACACAGACUAGCCACGACGUAUCCUUAUUUCAUUCGAGACAUUUCGGAUUUUGUUUUUUCAACACAUCAUCGGCCAUAG